CGGAAGCGAUAGCAAUCAUUUCCUGGCGUUCACACAUGUUUGAGAUGAUCGUAUAACGUUAUUGACAAAGUUUGGCCUUUUAUUUGUUCUCUACUCGCCAGGAUGCAGUUGUGCAGUGUGUGCAGCGAACAUAUACCGAAAUACAAAUGUCCAGCCUGCAAAAUAAGAUAUUGUUCACUUGGCUGUUACAAGAGGCAUAAAGUAGACGCUUGUCUUCCUGUUGAGCAGUCUACACCUCCUGAUCCUGAAGCUAAAGUUUCUUUCAACACUGAGGCGUGGACUGUUGAGGAUCUUCUGCAUGAAGAUGACAUCAUUGACAAAGUGCCCCUGCAGAGGCUGCAGCUGUUAGGUCAGUCAAAAGAGCUGAGAGAUCUUCUUUGCAACCCCCACCUGCGACAGUUACUGCGCUCCGUUGACAGCGCAGCAAGCAAAGAUGAUGCGAUGAAGGCUGCCAUGCAGGAACCUCUGUUUGUUGAAUUUGCAGAUCAGUGUUUGAAAACUGUUGAAAAUGAAGCUGAUGGUUUGUAAAAUUGUUCUGUGGAUCAGAUAACUUUUGAUUAUAUUUUUGUAAAAAAAAGCCUCAGAAUAAGCAUGUUGUGUAGUUACUGUAUUUUUUCCUGAUCCAAUCAUCUUGUGCCUCCUCAUGCUACAGUAUGUAUAGAAUGUUUAAAUAAAAUUCUGAAAUGUUUUUAAAACGA